AUGCAUCCUCAUCAAGAAAAACCUCAAAACAAGCACAAACAACGUCGUCGCAAAAGCAAAGGCCAAAAAUUAAAAAAUGUUCAACCGCCCACAAAUCUUGGAACGUACAAAAAACCCACGGGAAAACCCAAACAAGAAUUCAUCGACGAGGAAAAAGAAAUCCGCAAACUCAUUGACGACAAAAAACUCUCACGAAGCGAAAGCGGACCAACUCCGCGUGAACUCGAGAUCAUGUUCUUCGAAAGUGCAAUUCCUCCCGACAGUGACGAGAUCGCCGACGAUCGCGAAACAUCAUCUGUCAAAACGGGCGAAUCUUUAAAAUCGCUUUCAAAUAUGCCCGAAUCCCCAACUCAUCUGGCAUCUUCGUAUUUAGCACCCGAUGAGGGAAUCGCGAUACGAAAAUUUGUUCCCGAAAUCGUCGAAUAUGACGAGGAUCUGUUAUUUUUUCCCGCCUUGGAAGAAGAGAUCGAUCUUGAAACGGAAUUAAAAUCCCAAAAAACCUCAAAACUCGAAGAAGGACUUUUUGAAUUCUCUGGACCUACAAUUUCUCGCAUGAAUCGCGCUCAAAUGAUAAACCGCUGUUUGGAGGAAAAAAAUGUUGAUUGCUUGAAAAUUAUUGAAAACGGACCAUCCGCCAUCUUGGAUCUGCCGCGUCAUUUUUUGAGGUUAGAAAAAUUGUAUAAAAGUCACAGCGAGAAAAAAUUUCAUCCUGUGUUGGUAAAAGCUGAACCUGUGUGGAAAGUAUUGAACACUUAUGAAGCCAUCAAUAAAACUUUGAACAUUUUCAUCCAUUCGAUCGUUUUUGACGAACAUCCUAACCUCAACGAGCAUUUAGGACUGAUCAAAAAAAUUAAAAAUCUUUUCGCGGAAUAUUUGCAUCUCAUGGAGCUUGAUGAAGUGACAAAACUUCGAAGUAAACUCGAAGGUUUGCGAUCCGUGAAGGAGCAAAUGACCUCUGACGACCCAAAAAUGGGCGUUUGCAAAGCUCAGAUCAAAGAAACGCGCAACGAACUGCAUAAAAAGGCGAAAAAACGUAAAAAUUUGAUCUUGCAACUACUUGAAGCAUGGCGCCAGUUGAAAAUUAACAACAAAAAUCCCGAAAUUUGUCUAAAAAUAACCUGCAUCGACGCGAAUUUGGAGGAGGAACAAAGAAAAUGGGACGAAAACUUCCAAAUUGAGCUGAAUGAAGUCGCGGAAGAAGCUUUUGACGAGUAUUUCAUCAAAAGACAAGAGUACAAAAGCAAAUCUACGGAGCUUCGGAUCGAAAAACCUCGCAAACCCGACAUCGAAGGUAUUCGAGAUGACCUCCAACUGCUUUGGUAUGACUCGUAUCAACUCCCGGGUGAGCCAGAAGUACUUUUAGAAUUACAAACAACUGUCGAAGGGACUCUGAGGAAAGGAACUGGCCUGAAAUACUUCAUAAAAAUCUUCGCCGAUAACGAAUUAGUGACAAUUACGAAGCCAAAAGAGCUUCUAAGUGACUCCAAAAUCAAUUUUGACACAAUUUUCGCUGUUCGACUGACCACGAGGAUGGUCAAAGACCUGAGAAUGGAAGUUUUUGAGAUAAGUGGCAUCAAAACAACGCACAAAAUAGCCGAAAUUUUCUCGAUGAUGCCUGCCCAGGAUGAUGACUUUGCCGAAAUUGAGGUUCACGAGUUCGAAUUUGCGACGAAAAAAAUCCGCGGGCAUCGAAUGAACGGAAAAUUACGCAUGAAAUGUGGCUGGGUGACAUCUAAUCAGCAGGAAAAUGAGGUUCAAGGCAGUUCAGCGAUCGAAAUUCGGAUGUCACAGAAGCAAGAUGUCAUUUCGCAAGACAUGUACAAGUCGUGGCAUCAACAACACUUGAUAGAUCCGCUUGAUCCGGACUCGCAUAAAGUCGUGAGAACGCUUCAUGAGCCGCAUGACAGUCGAAUAAACCCACAAAAAGAGGAAAAAUAUUUCAAUUUGAACGAAGAAGCCCUUGCUUUUUGUUCGCAAGAGGAAAUGGAUGGCGAUGAACGGCUGAAUAUGCUGAGAAGACGCUUCGAGCGUGACCUAAAGUACAAAAAUGCGAUUUUUGUGCCGUCGGAUCAGCGAGAAUUGGAAAUUCCCGAGCAGGAAAAUAUUUUUGAGGAAAUUGUCGGCGAUCCGAUUGACAUUCAAAGGCAUGAGGGGAAGAAAUAUUUGAAAAAAGUCUAUGAAACGAUUGCUAAUUAUUGCGAUAAUUUGAAUGCCAGUCGGGAGGAUUCGGCGAUUUUAAUUGGAGAUCAAGUGCCGACCUUUGGUUCAUUGAGUUUGACAUUUUUUGAGAUAUUUGGAGCAAAAAGACCUUUGAAACCAACGAGAAGAACGCCGUCGAGUAGUAAGUCAGGAAGAACAAUUGAGCUUCAAGGGAAUUUUAGUAUUGUGGUUACGAUUGUCAGAGCGUUUGGAGUCCCGCAAAGAAAUGAAGAUGUUGAAAAUUCGAGGAGGAAUAGUAAUUUGUCGGUUACGAAUAAAUCUCUCAAAGGCUCAAAUGUUCGUCCUUUUGUAUCCAUUUCACUAAAAGAUAAAAACGUACGAACAUGCACUGCUGAAGGCUUUAAUCCUACAUGGAAUGAACAAUUAUCAAUUUCUGUCAAUUCAAAAACAGACCUCAACAAAAGCACUUUAUCCGUCGACUUAUUCGACGAAUGCAUUGACGAUCUCUCAAGCGGCGACGAUCGCCGAAUAACUGAAAUUUCGCAACGUUGGCUCGGUCAAUUGCAGUUCCCGCUCGAGACAAUUUACCAAAAUCAACGCAUCGAAGGCACUUUUGAGAUGAACACGCCCACAAUAUUGCUCGGAUACAAUCGUCAAAGCUUUGAUACGUCAGAAAGUGCGGCAACUUUAAAAAAUGUCGGAAUUCCAAACAUGCGAGAAGUCACUUAUUUGUCACUUUUUAUCAAUAUUGAGCCUCCAUUGGAUGUCCCAUUGCCAUUAACGACAAUCGGGUUGGAAUGCAUCGAACUUGAAGAAACAAAAAAUUAUAUCGAUAAUUGGUACGUGGAUUUAAGGAACGAAUUUCCCAAGGCACCCAAUCAGACGCCUUACGUACUGUUGCAAAGCGGAAAAAAGGCUUGUGUCACGAGAUUACUUGGCGCCUUGGAAAUUCCCAACUUUGAACCGUCUCCGGAUGCGUCGCUGAUGGAAUUGUAUGUUCGACGGUUCGUUUCCCUCAUUCCCGUUUAUUCGAGUUUUAAUCAAUGUAACGGCUUGGAAGGCGUUUGGCUGACAAAUGAGCAGAUUUUCAACGUAAUUUGUGCUUCGCCGAAGGAUUUGGGGGUUUUACUCACGUGUUACUUCCUCACUUUGAAGCUGAAUGCUUGGCUGAUUCUCGGGCAUGGCAUCCCAAUGGGCGACACUUGCUUCGUGCUGCUAAAAGAAGACAACGAAUAUUUUAUUGUCGAUCCAACAACGGGAAAAAAGUACGAAAGCACGACUGUCGACUGCCCUUUGAAGAAAGUUUACGCAUUGGCGAACGCGGAAAAUUUUUGGGCCAACAUCCAACGUGAAAAACGAGUUUUUAUGACACUUUUCGACGUAAAAAGCAGCGUCGAAUGGAAACCUUUGUUCAAAUCGGGACAUAAAGCGCCUCCGGGAUUCCUUCAUAACACCGCGUUUCAGUAUAAAAAAUCUCAUCCGGUAUUUGAUUUGCAACGAACGAUCGAAUUGAAGCUCACGAAGAAGAUCAGCGCAUGGAGAACGCAUCGAAAAACGACCUGGAAUCGAUAUGUGACGGAACAUUUGAGGAAAAUUUUGAUAGAACUCGAAACAGAGACAGUUUUGUGGAAUUUUAACAACGAAAAGCAUUUGCAUAAUUUGGGGAGGAUGUUCAGUAAUUACAAAGUGACGGGAUUUCCAUUGAAUUUUCGAUACACGAACUUGUCGACGAUCGUUCAUCAUAUUAAAUGUACGGGAAUUCAUCUUACUUCGGAAAAUUCGGAAUUUGCAUUGGCGGUUCAUGUGAAGGAAUAUCCCAAUAAUAUGAUUUCGGUGUGGAUUUUUUUGGCUUCAAUGACAACGAAGUAA